AUGUCGCUUGAAUGGGAGAACUUAAAGGAUGAGCUUCAUCCUUGGUUGGGGGAAGCCAUUACUUCCUUAGGCUUGCCAUGCAUGACACCCGUACAAGCUUCAACAAUACCGCUUUUUAGUGGCAACAAGGAUGUUGUCGUUCAAUCGGUUACGGGAUCUGGUAAAACUUUAGCUUUUAUCAUCCCGGUCUUACAUCACGUAUCAAGAAUAUUAUAUGGCUUGCCUUCUAGCGAUGUUGAGCCUACUCGGUUAAGAAAGGGUUGCAUGAUUGGCGUUAUCAUCUCCCCUACAAGAGAGCUAGCCCAUCAAAUCAAGGCAGUCUUAGACCAGGUUCUUGCUUUCCUCCCUCAAGAGUUGCCCGCCAUUAAUACGCAGCUCGUUGUGGGCUCACUUGGAAAUGUAAGAGAAGACGUGGACCUUUUCUUAACUGGCAAAACACACAUAGUUGUUGGUACUCCCGGAAGACUCUUAGAUUUCAUGUCGCAUCCUAAGGUAGUUACAAGUCUGGUUGAGAUUGCAGUCCUUGAUGAAGCUGAUAGAUUGCUAGACAGCUCUUUCGAGGCCGAAGUAUUAUCGAUCUUACGGCAGCUUCCAAAGCAAAGAAGAACUGGUCUAUUCUCUGCUACAUUGUCAGCCUCCGGUGAUCGUAUUUUCAAGACAGGUAUGUCGAACCCGGUCAAAGUGGCAGUGCAAUCUAAACUGUCUUUGGCUGUGGCCCCCUCUGCACUUACAAUCAAAUAUUUAGUUGUGAAACCAGAUCAAAAGCUUACGACGUUUAUCAAGCUCAUCCAGGAAUACAAUUUCAAAAAGGCGAUUGUUUACUUUCCUACAUGCAUAUCUGUGAAACACUUUUAUGAACUAUUGCUGCUCCUUGAGACAGAUCCAACUGAUCCCAUCAAGUUUUACUCAUUAUAUGGUCAAUUAUCAACUACCGCACGCCUCCGAACGCUUAAAGCUUUUACUGAUGGCGAUGCAGAUGUACUGAAACAUGUAUUAAUGACUACUGAUGUUGCGGCAAGAGGUAUUGACGUGGCUGAUGUGGAUCUUGUGGUUCAGGUCGAUCCACCGAACGACCCUGAUGUAUUUUUGCAUCGAGCUGGAAGGACUGGUAGAGCUAACAAAGCAGGGAAUGCGAUUGUCCUCCUAAAUGACGAUUGUAACGAGAUCAACUAUAUCGAUUUUAUGGAAGUUAAAGGUGUUCUUAUGAAAGAGCUAGUAGUCGAAGCAGAUUCUGCUUUUCAUGAAGCCUUUUAUAAUAAAGUUAGACAAUUUAUGCUUGCUGACAGAUUGCGGCAUGAAACAGCUGUGAAGGCUUAUGUUGCGUUCGUGAGGAGUUAUUCAAAGCAUUUAGCGAAGUCGAUAUUUAGGCUACAGUCCCUUGACUACUUAGGUGUUGCGUCCAUGUAUGGCUUACUAAGGCUUCCAAAAAUGCCUGAAACAAGGUUUAUUCCUGACGACGCAAUGCCUGAAGAUGGCUGGCUUACAGAGAGUCCAAUCGAUAUGGAUAACUAUGCGUAUGCCGAUGCCACUAAAGAGAAAGCUAGGCAAAUGAAUCUCGAAGCCGAAAAAGAGAAAAAAAUUGAUGAGGCCAAAAAGCGAAAGCGGUUAGCCAAAAAGAACGAGGCUUGGUCAUCAAGAACAGAAACCAAAGAAGCGAAAUCGGACAGGAAACAACGGCUACAGAAAAAGCGUGAGGAAGCUGAGAAAAGGCUAUUGGAAGAGUCAUCUGAUGAAGAAGAUGUUACGGUUGAUUGGAAAGACAUCGUUCGACAAAAUAAGAAACAAAAGCUGUCUACAGGUGUUCAAGGAGUUUUCGAAGGAUUGUGA